CUCCUAUUGGAUAUCGUACGUCGUACGUCGGACAUCGGACAGUGUGAAUCCUACAUUAGGCUAUCCUGUACGAAUCACAACAUAGCGUGAAAUCUUCCUCUAACCAAAUAUUGAAGGAAGGAAGGAAGGAACAUAGCGUGAAUUAACGUUUGACACGAGCUGCGAUAGGUUAUGUUAACCAUGAGGUACUCGCGUUAGUUGAGAGAUCACAAUGCAUAUCAUAUGCUGCGUUAAGUAAACAGUGGGAUGCACUUUGAAUCAAUCAAAGGAGAAAGAAUACGUGUCGUCUGCGAUCGAAAAUGCAAGUAAAUUAUUACGAGGUGCUCGGCUGCGCCAAGAAGUCCUCUCACGAGGAGAUCAAACGUGCUUACCACGCGCGUCUACUGCGGUUCCAUCCCGACAAGAGCAACGCCUUCGAGAAGGAUGACCACUUGAGGAAUAAGUUCCACGAAGUUCAAGAAGCUUGGCGCGUGUUGGGACAUCCGCCAUCUAGAAGAGAGUACGACGCGGUCUGCAGGCAGGAGGAACUGGAGAACGAGAACGACCUCGUGUACGCUCGUCUCGCGCCCGACGAACUCGAAGAGACAACCUGCGACGACAUGCUGUUCUAUCGGUGCAGGUGCGGCGACCGCUACCUCGUGCAGCGUGAGGACCUUCGCGAACAGAACACCGAGCUACGAGUUACCUGUGUAGGCUGCACGCUCGUUAUCCUAGUCGAGACGUAACGCGCGAAUCGACGCGAUUCACACCAAAGAAGUAACAUUGGAAGGUUUCUCGGUGCAUACAAGCAUUUUCUCAACGAUGCGUGACCUUAUGAAAGCAAGACUGAAUGCUCUUGAGACACGUGCUCCGGACGGUGGCACAAACGCGGGCCUGAUUUGUUCAUUGAACAAACGAGUUUGUGUCGUGGUCGACGAUGAACAAUGAAAGACACAUUUCUCGGUGGUUGUACAGCACAACAAAACAAGCAUAUAUCCACAGUUUUAUAUAGAAAGAAGUCGAAAUUGAAUAUUUAUUUUGUACAAAAUAUGUUUCUUAGCACAAGAACGUCGCAUGUUCACAUUCGUAAUAAUAAAUUUAAAAAA